AUGAAUGGAGAGACAUGUGUGAUCAAAAAGGUAUCGAAUCAGGGUGAUCCGGUUAUUUAUAUUAUUUCGGAAGAAGACAUUUAUAAAAGAUUAAAAGAUAUUCACGUUAAUUGUGGCCACGGUUCUAGAGACAAAAUGAUUAAUUUGAUACAACAAAAUUGUUCCAUCCCAAAGCCAUGCAUUGAAAUGUUUUUAAAAGCCUGUGAAACUGGUGAAGCCAAUUCUAACUCAUUCUUUUAUGACUCGAGGACAAUUUUGAAUUUUCAAGAUCACGCCACUAAGUAUAUAUGCAUAAGACCUCUACGAUCAAAACAUGCCACUGAAGUUGCUCAAGAACUAAUAAAGAUUUUUUUACAAUUUGGUGCCCCUUCAAUUUUGCAAUGCGAUAAUGGCCGAGAGUUUGCUUGCAAAAUAAUAGAAGAGUUGAAAUUGCUUUGGCCGCAGUUACAUAUACUACAUGGUAGACCCCGACAUCCUCAGAGUCAAGGCAGCGUCGAAAGAGCUAAUCAAGAUGUAGAAAAUAUGAUUAGAGUUUGGUUGAGGGAUAAUAAUACUACAGCUUGGUCAGCAGGUUGCUACUUCGUACAGUGGCAGAAAAAUAAUUCUUUACACCGAGUGAUAGGUAGAACCCCAUUUAAGGCUGUAUUUGGAAGUGAUUCCAAAUUAGGUCUUCAGUCUACUAGCCUUCCACCAUAUAUGGUACCAACUAUAUCCACGGAAGAAGAGCUGGAAGAACUUACCAACGAGCUAAAUGCAAAUCAGGAAAACCCUGAGUAUAAAGCAGAUUCAGAUGAUGGUUUAGAAAAAACUGAAAAUAAUACUGCUUUAUAUGAUCAAAAUAAUGGAAAAAAUAUGAAUGAUAUUUUAUCAGAAAAUGAAAAUAAUGAUACUCUUAAAAUUACCAGUCAAGAACAACAUAGUUGUUCAUGGCAACACAAUGUUCAAACACAGUUGCAAACAAGCAAUCCGGAUAUUCCAAUGAGAUUCUGA